CAGAGCCUCCCUUCACCCACGUAGGCAUUGAUGUCUUCGGACCAUGGGCCGUCAUGACGCGGAGGACGAGAGGAGGAAGUGCAGACAGUAAGCGCUGGGCAGUGAUAUUCACAUGUAUGUCAACCAGGGCUGUCCACUUUGAGCUCAUAGAGUCCAUGACCACCGACAGCUUCAUCAAUGCCUUGAGAAGAUUUUUUGCCAUCCGUGGCCCGGCCAAGCUUCUCCGUUCCGACAGAGGGACUAACUUUGUUGGGGCUUGUAAAGAGCUGGGCAUCGACACAGAAGACUCACCAGUUUCAACUUACCUCCAGGGCAGGGGGUGCUCCUGGAUCUUUAACCCGCCUCAUUCUUCACAUAUGGGGGGGGCUUGGGAAAGACUCAUCGGUGUUGCCAGGCGCAUCCUGGAUGCCAUGCUGCUCCAGACAGCACACACUCGCCUGACACACGAGGUGUUGAGCACUCUUAUGGCCGAAGUCAUGGCCAUAAUGAACGCAAGACCCCUAGUACCUGUGUCCUCCGACCCAGAUGCGCCCACAGUCCUUACCCCAGCUAUGCUCCUGACCCAGAAGAUGAGUACCGUCUCCGCGCCCUCUGGAAACUUCCAGAUGGCUGAAUUGCACGGAAAGCAGUGGAAACAUGUGCAGUGCCUUGCAAACACCUUCUGGAAGAGAUGGAGGAGAGACUACUUAUCCACACUGCAGGGCCGCCGAAAGUGGACCGCCGAGAGGCCGAGCGUCCAGGUCGGCGACGUCGUCUUGCUCAAGGACAGUCAAGCCCACAGGAAUGAAUGGCCUGUGGGACUGAUCGUCAACACGCUGCCGAGCGGAGACAAGAGGAUCCGCAAGGUGGAAGUGAAGAUUGUUAGAGACGGAACUGUGAAAGUUCUUCUGAGACCCGUCUCAGAGAUCGUCGUUCUGCUUUCUGGAGAAAGCUGAAGACCAUAUCCUUUGAAAUUGAAGUUUAUGUUGUGUUAAAGUAAAAGUUUGUAGUGGCAUAAUAGUUAUAUGCCAAGCGGGGAGUGUUCUGCCUUCUGUAAGAAGCCCUGACUGGGAUCUCUGUAAUUUUGAUGGUGAAUACCGCCGCUUAGUGGACGUUUUCGGUAUUGCGCCUUAUGCGCCAGUUAUCCACUUCCUGUUAAGUUUUCAUGUAGUUUGUCGUAUCUGACUUCACGAACGGGACGGACUUUCAGUGCUUUCAUUUCGUUUUGUAUUCCCACUUGAGCCUU